AUGUCCGAUGUAUCAAUCGAACUCACUCCAAGUAGUCCUUAUAGAUUUCAAGCAGAAACGAUAGGUUCUACUAGCUCACCACAAAUAAGAAUUAAAAAACCUUUGCUAAUUCCAGCUCAAACAUCGAAUGCGGUUUCUAGUAGUAGUCGUACGAAACAUACACAGCCUUUACGAACAACAAAAACAUCGCAGAAAUUAGUUUUAUUACCCGAAGAAGAAAUCAUACCAGCUUCAAAUGACGAGGCUUCUGAAGAUGAGAUGCCUGUAGCUGAAAGAUUGACGAAGGAAGUUAGGGAUAAUAAACAUUAUCCUAGAGUAACAGCAUAUUGCAUUGCAGAAGGCUUUUAUCUUGGAAUUUUGAUGGAAUUCCUUAGAAAAGAGCAUAAUGUUCAACCGAAGUUUUAUGAUGAAUGCUUAUAUUCACCAUAUCAUUUUCCUUUAGUUUCUGGAGAAAAUACCGAAAUCGCGUCAUCGUUUGCCGUACAGUCUCCGAAUGGACAUACAUUCAUUGAUAGGCAGAUUGAGAAUUAUGAAAAUAAUAAUGAUAUAUCUCAGUAUUUUUCAAUGGACGAAAAUCUUGAAGAACGUUCUGGAGCAGAUGCGUUUACAACAAAGCCUAUAGAUCCUUUAACUAAUCUUGGUGAAGUUUUUUACUUUGAUUAUGGAGUUGCAGUGAUUUGGAAUUUUACGGAAGAACAAGAACACUCGUUACUUAAUGAUAUUGCUAGAUCUGGAGUUGCGGUUCGUCCUCUAAGAAAGGACGACUUGGAAGUUGAAACAUUUCAUUUUCAAUAUGAUAUUGAAUCUAAUAGACAGCCUAGGAUAUUUAAUGACAUGAUAACAUUAAAGACUGAUCAUCAUAUGAUCAAAUUGACGAUUAGUCAUGCAAUAAGUCAAAGCACAAAAUUAUCUUUAUAUGAAUGGCAAAUGGAUAACACUAUCGAGAGAACCAAGCUUAUACCUAAAAUGUUGGCACAAACCGGAAGAUUAAAUUUAGAUCGAGUUCAAGUUACGAAGUUAAGUGGAGGAUUGUUCAAGUUACGUAUGGAUGUAAAUUUAGUAUCAAAUGUGUUAGAUACUCCGGAAAUAUUUUGGUCCGAACCAUCCCUAGAACCAUUAUAUAAUGCUAUUAGAUCUUAUCUUGAAAUACCUCAACGCGUAAAACUUUUAAAUGAACGAUGUAGUAUCAUCAGUGACUUAUUAGAUAUGUUGCGUGAGGAUAUUGGUAAUUCAAAUAUGACCAGAAUUACAUGGAUUAUUAUUUGGCUGAUCGUUAUUGCGGUUUUCGUUGCUAUUGGUGAAAUUGCCGUAAAAGCUUUAAAUAACUAUGGAUAA